UAGUUCCAGAGUUUGUUUUGGGGGCUUUUUUACUUCGUGUCUAUACCAGUAGUAGAAAGUUGCCGUUCCUCAGUUCAUACUGUAGAUACUUCUGGCAAUCUGUUUAUUACAUUUGUAUCAGUAUGACAAACAAGAAACCAGCUCAAGCAUCUAUUACGAAGGUGAAGCAGUUUGAAGGCCACACAUCUUUUGUCAGGAGAACACAGUGGAUGCUUGAGCAGCUUCGCCAGGUCAAUGGUAUAGACCCUAAUCGGGAUUCCCCAGAAUUUGAUUUACUAUUUGAAAAUGCUUUUGACCAAUGGGUAGCAAGCACAGCUUCAGAAAAGUGCACAUUCUUUCAGGUUCUACAUCACACUUGUCAGAGAUACCUUACAGACAAGAAACCAGAAUUUAUCAACUGUCAAUCUAAAAUUAUGGGAGGAAACAGCAUACUCCAUUCAGCAGCAGACAGUGUGACCAGUGCAGUACAGAAGGCAAGUCAGGCUUUGAAUGAGCGUGGUGAAAGGUUAGGUCGAGCAGAAGAAAAGACAGAGGAGCUGAAAAACAGUGCUCAGCAGUUUGCAGAAACUGCACAUAAGCUUGCCAUGAAGCACAAAUGCUGA